AUGGACUUUACCUAUCCUCAAUUGUUUGAUAUUGUCGAUGAAACAACAUUGGAUGCUGAUUUUUUCCAUGGCCUCCCUUCGCAGCAACAGCAAGAUGUAGAACAUACAAAAAAACAACAUGCCCUGACUCAUUCAUCCUCGCCCUUUUAUUUGCAUUACCUCCAAUCUACUACUAAUACUGCUACUACUACUACUACUACUAACAAUAUACCAACUAAUGCCAGCAACAACAGCAACAACAGCAACAACUUUUUCUAUGAUUCCAUGCACCCACUCAACUUGGAUUUGGUCGAUUAUGACUACAGCUUCCAACAACCUCAAUGCGCUCUAGACCAAAAGCAACAGUACAACUGGCUGUAUGAUCCAAUUGACACUUAUCUGCCACAGCAAAAUAGCCUCUUUUGCGAUGAAACCAUGAUGAGCAACAUCAUGACAACCAACACCCAGCAGCAAUCCCAAUUUGAUUGCAUCAUGUCUGAAAAUGACACGGAGGAGAACAUUACUGUAGAAGGUGGCAUGUCUCGUGGCUAUGUCAGUCUUAGUGAUGUCAAUUCGUUUGUCGCCAAGGCUGACUCUGCCAAACAGCAGCAUGCUUGCCUCUUGCAGCUAUCUUCGCUGCAAGAAAACUUGCUCCUCGAUGACUUUUCGCUGAAACCACCACAUCAAAAUCGUGAUUUCAUGUCCUCAUCUGAAUCCACAAACGACGAUAGCGAGGAUGACUAUUCUGAUAACAACAGCGAUAUCGAUCUACGCUGGAAUGCACUCAUGUCAAGCUACGGCAUGCCCGCUAUCCAUGGUACUUCAUCCGCUGUGGGUGCCACUAUGACCUCUGCUAAUGCUAAUACUGUUACCAACAACAACAAUACCACACAUGCCAACGAAAAACUUAUGAUCAAAAUCAAGAAACCUAGACACGGUGUCCCUUCGCCUAUGAGCAGUGUCUUACCAAGCCCCUACGGAGAACAUGCAUGGGAUUUAGUUGCUCCCAAAACAUCGAAAUCAGCAGGCUAUAAAUCCAACAGCAAAUACAGAAAAUCCAUGUCCAACAUAUACAAUGCCACAGCGACCAAUGGCAAAAAGAAGACCAACAAAUUUGAUCUCAAGGGGCGUCGCGGUAGUGCACCUCAUCGUAUUACCAUUCACAACAAUGCCAGUGCUAGUAGCACGGGCAGCCUUCAUUCAUCUUCCUCUCUAUCGUCUCUGUCAAGCAACCUACAGCGAUCCAUGCGUGUCUCGGAGAGUAUCCACAGCCUGCUCUCUGACGAGGAUGAACCAGAUCAAGAACUAGAAGAGGAACAUGAGCUAUUACUAGAGGAGGAGGAAGAAGACGACGAUGAUGAUGAAUACCAGAUCAGAGCAACCAAUGCACCCAGUCACGGCCAAUUACCCACCAAGAAGGGACGCAAUGUAGAUAAAGCCUGUAAUCACUGUAAACGUUCCCACUUGAGAUGCGAUGAUAUGAGACCCUGUCGUCGCUGUGUUGCUACUGGAAAGCAAGGAUGUAAAGAUGUUCAACAUAAGCCAAGAGGAAGACCAAAGCUUCAUAAGAAAUUGACCAAAUAA